CGGCACUCCAGUCGCCGAAGCUCUGGAAACUUUGCCGCCUCCCUCCCCCCUCGCCGGGGAUGUGUGCGAGCUCUGUUUGUUUUCGCUUUUGUAAAACCUGAGCGUUAUGAUUUGUCCCCCGUUCCCUUAAUAAAGAAACGACAAAAGAGCGUUUGCAGCGGGGGCUGGGCCGCCCGGUCUGGGGGGAGAGGCGCCACACCCCCUGAGAAUAAAGCCCGCGCGGCGCUCUCUGAGAACCACGCACGAAUGAACGAAGCACACAAAGAAUACAUUGGGCGACGGAACGGCGCCCUGCAGGAAGAAAGUGCCCGCACUCGGAGCGGGAGCGCGACUUUUGGCGCUCUUUGGGAGCGGCGGGAAGGAGGCCGAGGACAGGCACCGGUGGGCGCGGGAGCGGGGGCCGCCCGCCGCCCGACUCCCGCCCGGUCCGCAGCGGCCAGCGGGGGCCAGGAGCUGCGCGCGCCGAGCCAGGUUUCUGAAAAGUGCCUUUUCUGAACACUGCUGCUUCGAUUCUACUCUAGAGCUGUCUCUUUAUAAACCCCUCUCCCUCCCCAGCCCCCAAACCUGGUGUGCUUGCAGUUCAGUCUCAGCAACUGGUCCAUUCUUUUUUCCCCUUCAAUUCCCAGUUUUCUUAGUCUUUUUCCUUCCUCCUGAUUUUGCAGCAAAAUUUAUUUUUACAGUUGUAACAUCCUUACCAAUCUUAGUCAUUAAAUCCAAGAAAUAGGGAGAAAAACAUUUCUCCCCUUGAUCUGAGACCAUUCCACAAAUUGAAGGGCAACCAGCAGCACAUGCUUUUUGCAAGAAUAAUUGAAAACAUCAACUGGAGAGCACAGAAUUCUUUUGAAAGCCUGCCAGUUAUUUGAAGUAACUUCAGCAGAGGAACAAAUUAAACACUCAAUAUCUUAACCUAUCUGGUUGCCUUCUUAGGAGUUGGUCUCUAAUUUAAUUUUUAGCUAUUCUGAUACAAUUUUUACUUUGUGAUUGGCUCUGUUUGACCAGACCAAAUUUUGGCUGAAACGAAAACCUAAGUGCUAACAAAGAAGCAUUUCACGAAAGCAACUUUAUCUCUUCACAUAUAGCUUGAAUUCACUUUUAACCAUUUAACAGCAGCAAAACUAUCCUAGAGAGGGUGUACUUGAUUCUAACUUUGCUUUCAAUAUGGCGGCUGUCAAUGUCACCCUGGUUCGUGACACCAAGUGGCUGACUUUAGAAGUCUGCAGAGAAUUUCAGAGAGGGACCUGCUCUCGAGCUGAUGCAGAUUGCAAGUUUGCCCAUCCGCCAAGAGUCUGCCACGUGGAAAAUGGCCGUGUGGUGGCGUGUUUUGAUUCUUUAAAGGGUCGGUGCGCUAGGGAGAACUGCAAGUACCUUCACCCUCCUCCACACUUAAAAACUCAGCUGGAAAUUAAUGGACGCAACAAUCUGAUCCAACAAAAGACUGCCGCAGCCAUGUUCGCCCAGCAAAUGCAGUUUAUGGUCCAGAAUGCUCAUAUGUCAUCGCUUACUUCUUUUCCUGUGAAUCCGUCACUUGCAGCUAAUCCUGCAAUGGCUUUCAAUCCUUACUUACCUCAUCCUGGGAUGGGCCUGGUUCCCGCUGAACUUGUACCGAAUGCACCUGUUCUGAUUCCUGGAAACCCGCCUCUCGCAUUGCCAGCAGCUGCUGGUCCCAAACUGAUGCGUUCGGAUAAACUGGAGGUUUGCCGAGAAUUCCAGCGUGGAAAUUGUACCCGUGGGGAAAACGAUUGUCGCUAUGCUCACCCCACGGAUGUUUCCAUGAUCGAGGCAAGUGAUAAUACCGUGACAAUCUGCAUGGAUUACAUCAAGGGGCGAUGCACCCGGGAGAAAUGCCGGUACUUUCAUCCUCCUGCACACUUGCAAGCCAAACUCAGGGCAGCUCAUCACCAGAUGAACCAUUCAGCUUCCGCCACUGUGGCCCUCCAGCCUGGUAUGCUUCAGCUGAGACCAAAGAGAUCAGCACUUGAAAAGACCAAUGGUGCCACUCCGGUCUUUAACCCCAGCGUUUUCCACUGCCAGCAGGCUCUGGCUAACCUGCAGCUCCCGCAGCCAGCAUUUAUCCCUGCAGUGCCCAUGAUGCACGGCGCAGCUCCCACCACUGUGUCUGCAGCACCAACACCUGCCACCAGCGUCCCCUUCGCUGCAACAGCUACAGGCAAUCAGUUGAAAUUCUGAACAACAGAGUUACAGAGUAUCAAGAUCUCUCCGUGAGAACCUCCAUAUGGCCUUUCCGUAUAUAUUCUCAUAGGUCCUCUUCUACCAAUGCUACAAUAAGUGUGAUGCGGUCGAUAUAUUAAACCAAACGCAUAUACCAACCAACAGAUUCAAACAAAACCAAUAAAGCAUUAAACAGUCAGUGGAGAUGUUAAAACAAAACACACAUAGAAAAUGAAUAACUAACAUUUAUCUUAUUUGAAUUAGUAGGUAGAACACGACCAUAAAGUUUUGUAGUUUGUUACAUUAUUCUUUGUGAUUUUCCAAUAACCAUUAUGCUAAGUGAAUCUCCACAGUGGACUGUUGGCUUACUGUGCAUUCUUGGUGGGUAAAUGUUCGUCUGUUUCAAAGUGUUACCUUACUGUUUUGUUUACACAAUAUAGUCUAUUGGGUUGAUUUAGAAUGUAACAAAUGUAUCCAGUACCAUUUUCCUCACUAUUGUAUUGUGGUGUGGUGUGUUGUGUUAGAUUUUGACAUACUAUAGUGUUUUCCUCUAGAUGAGUGGUGUUUGAUUUCAACUAGAAUAUUACUAAUGGGAAACAGAAAUAUCUGUGUUUGAAAAACAUAACAGAUUAAUGUUAACAUGCUUUCUCUCUCUUUAGAACAUUUCUGUAGGUUUCUUGGGGCUGACAUUCAUUAUAAACAUGCAUGUGUAUAAUUUGUACCUGUGGAUCUGACCUUGCAUAAUACAAUCACAUGACUAGGUUUUUUUGAGGGGAGAGAGAAAUAAUUACCUGCAAAAAACAGGGAACUUCUGAACAUAUGAACUCCUAAUCUCACUGCUCAAAAAGCUUGCAAAAUUACAAUUUACCUUUAAAGGUAAAUUUCUCAGCAUUUAUGUGAAGAGCCCAUUACAUUUCUUGUGGUUCAAGGAUCCUAUCUCCUAGGCUGAGCAUCUAAAGCUGAGCCAUUUGUCAACUCCAGCUGAAGAUUAGUACUUGGAGGCUUAAAAGUAUGCUAAUUGUAGGUUAUAAAUUAAACAGGGAGGUGAGGGCGUGGAGAUAGUUUUUCCGUUUUAGAGGAUAGUGUGUGAGGCAAUCUUGCAAAAGUCAGGGUGAAAGAAAAGUGGUUCUGAGUGAGGCCUUUCCUCCCCAAAUGGAUAGCCUUCUCCAUUGAUCACAGCUGGAGCAUGAGUAUAGGUUUGGAGAAACCGUGGGGGGUGAGGAGGAGGGUAGGAAGACAUUUCAAGUGCGUCUUUGAUUUGCUUAAAACUGCUAGGAAGGCUGUCCACAGUUGUCUUUAGCUUCAGUUCACCCGAAUUUCCAGUUCCGUUGAAUGCUUCAGUGAAGGAGCCAACAUCUGUGUCAAGUUGCCUUUCCCAGACUUUGUUAACAACAGAGUCAUAUCAUAACCAAGCCUUUUUUUGUUUCCUCGUUUAGAUUUGUUUGUUUUUAUAUGUAUUUGAAAACUGUAAUAGGUUCUCAGCACCCUUUAGAUGAGGCAGACCAGCUAUGCUCCAUGGAGCUGAGCUGAAUUCACGUUACUAGUCCUCGUGAAAUAAUUGUAUAACCAAGUAAAACAGUAGUUCGUAUGGUAGGUGACAUACCUCCUCCACUGUACUCAGUUAUUAAAGUUACUAUUGCUAUACAGUGCUGGAACCAUAAGACACUUCACAUCAACCUAGGUUUAAUAUUUUCUACUAAAUAUAUAUUCUUUCACUAGAAGGCAUACAAUCAGCAAACUUAAUGUUAUAGCAGGUUUGUUCUCCUUCAGGAAAAUGACAAGCAAAGAGAAAAUGGGAUUUAGGAUACCUUAAGCUGGUUAGCAGCAUUUGAAUCAUAGAACAAUGGAGUUUGCACAACUUUCUCACAAGGGAUGAAACUGGGGCCCGGGGCACGUGACCUGCCCACGGCUACCUACCUAAUCGGUGGCAGUCAGACCCAGAAAAAUCUCGUGACUUUCGGUUGUUCCUCUGUUUCUCACCGUUUAUGCUUCGGCCCAUUCGCGACUCCCUCCCAAAGCAGAUCCAUUCCGCUCAGAAUACAAAAGAGCAAAAUUAACUGUGCGGGAGUUGAUAUCCUAUUGUUCUUUAUGAUCAAUCCCAAAUCACGAUCAUCAGUAAUUUCUAAAGGGUCUUGCUUGCAUCAAGACCCUGUCAUCUAUUAACAGUAUUGCCUGGAGUUAGAGAACAAGACACGGCCAGACUUUUGCCUGUUGACUCCAUGAGCCACUUAAUUUCUGUUUCCCAAAAUCUUAACGUUGUUAGAGAAGAAAGUAGAGUACACCUUUGUGAAAUAACUUGUGUGUAGAACCCGUGCCGGCAGAGCUAAUCACACAAACCCAGGAAGGAUGCACCUGAGCUAGUCUGGGGUCUUCCUUAAAGGGGCUAGAGAUGUCUUCAGUGCGAAAUCAACUCUUUUGUGUAGUUUGACAUUUUGAUACAACGUAUACUGUCUCAUUUAACCUUUUACACUUCUGACGAAGAUUUACAUAGACAAGCAGCCUAGUGUACGGUGGUUUUUAUGAUGCUGAGAGCACUGGAAGACAUCCAUGAUGACUUAUUUUUCAGUAGGAGGUUCAGUGAAGGAUAUUCAGGGUAGUUGCAGUGUGGGUGCCACAAUAUUUGAUAUGGCUGGCAUUUUAAAAGUUACUUUCUAAGUGAAUUUAGAAGAAAGACAAUUCAAAGCACUCAAGUUUUGAUCAGAUGCAAAAGAACGUUGACAAAAAUGCAACUGUAAGAUAGCACUCUUUAAACUAGUUGUGCAAUGACUUAUGCUGAUUCUCUUUAUUCAAGAAAAGAAACGAAGAAAGGAGAGUCAUUAGGCUAUAAAUUUCCAGUUAAAAAGCCAAGUCACAAAACUAAUCAGUGACUCUAAACAAUAAUUUACUGGAUGAAUUGUAUAUAUAAAAUUCUAACCACUUGUGAUUCUUAGUUGACUUUUUAUAAGCUUUGUAUUUUACAAGGGCUUCUAUUCUUAUUUAUCCAAAAUUAUUGUUUUUGUCCAUUUCUCUCAGCCUUUUGCAAAAAUAGGCAAGAGUACUGAAACUUGGAUAAAACAGGUCAGGUAUACAGAGAAAAUAAUCUAAAAGUUAUCUGUUAAGAGGGUUUUAGUAGUAUCAAAAAAAAUUUUUUUAAGGCACUAUGUGAACAGAAGUAUAUUUUAAAGAGGGAUUAAGAUGAAAUUAAAACCAAAUGGAUUCAUAAAAUUGCUAUUUAAAUACAGUAUUUACUUUUGCAAUUGGAGCAUGAUUCUCUAACCAGCUGUUGCACUUCAUCUCACUUGACUAGAGUCUUAAUUUGUAGUUCAUUGUCAUGUGAAAAGUCAUCUUCUCCCUCCUCCAUCAACCUUUGCCAUCUGUUUUUGAACAUGCGAAAGCACUUUGAUCUUGCCGUUAAGUGUUGUCCUGCACCGCGGGGCUGUGUUCACUAAGGUUCCGAUUUAUUUUAGUCUGUAGGGUAGGCUGUAAUGCACAGAAUGAUUAGAAACUGGAAUCCUCUUUCUUUUUGUCUCUUCUCCAUUUCUACACACACUGAAAUAGAAGUAGGGAAAUAGGCCCUCCCAGUUGUGUUGAAUAGAUGUAGGAAGAUAGUGGCCUCAUUGUUCAUUUUACCAGUGCCCGUCGAAGGCACCAGAAUGAAUAGUAUCUAAAAGAGUAUCACAACUUUUUUUGCAAACUUAGUUGGUAGCGUCAUCAAACUGUAGAUAAUAAUUGCAGACAUAGUUUCUGAGCACCAAGUCCCUCAUUGGUGCCAGGUUUUCAUUUUUCUGUUUAGUUUUUAAGGUUUUUAUUAUACUACAUUUUUAUAUCUCUAAGUCACUAACGAAUUUAACUUUGCAGGAGAGUUAGAGAAAAGAUUAAGAUUUUACUACAUGUACUCAACCCACCUAGAUAGGUUCUAAACUGACACCGAAGCAUGACAAGAUAUAGAUUAUAGUCCAUAAAUAUUCUUUACAGUUCACAGUUUAAGAACAAACUUAACUUUAUAUACAAAUAAUAAUUUUUAACUAAUUAUAUUUAGUUGUUGCUUUAGCAACAAAACUACAACAUGGCUACCUUUAGACACGUGUUUUCUUUUGUGUGAUAAUUUUACUCGUUAACUAUACAUGGUUUUUGACAGUAUGAGCAUGUAGAAGGUGCGGCUCAAAACUCAGAGAACAGAUCUGGCUGAAUUUUUCUUUAAUCCCAAAUUGCCAUGCGAAAGCUGAAUUUGUGUCCUUAUAUGACUUUUUGAUCAAAAAGUUUACAACACAUGGAUUCUAGAGUCAGGCUCUUUAGCUUGUAGAAUUUGUUGUGUGGAGAGGGUUAUUCCACAGUAUUUCGACUUCAAAACACGAUUAUUGCAUUUCUCAUCUAUUAUCUGACCUUUUUUUCAUAACAUUACUUAUUCCAAAUUACGCUAUGCAGGAGGCAUAGCUGUCAGUACAGAAAUUCUCUUUUCUUGAUUUAUAUACCCAGCCCAACACAUCCAGAUGAGGAUUAAAGAAUGAUGGACCCGUAUUUUGGAAUGAAUUAGUAUUUGUAAAACCAUGCAUAAAGAUACUGUGGAAUGACCCCUUAACAGUGUUUGAGAGACAUAUGCUGCAGUUAACUGAUGGUCUCAGUUAGGGUGCGACUGUGUGAGACACACCUUUUUUGCACUUAUGUACAUAGUCCAUGAAUGCUAUGCUUGGAACUUUUGUUUUUUAAAUAUAAGAAAUCUGUGAUAAUAGUGAAAAAGUUAGUAAGAUAGAGUUAUUUCUAAGGCCUUGAGAAGGAGGGGGGUUUUGCUAGAAGACUUAAUUAAAGCACGAUGUUGCUUUGCUGUUGGGGAGGCUUUCUGGUUUGCUACAGUUCACCAAAAGAAAAGACUGGUAACAGGUAACAGGUCACCUUCAGCUAACAGCACUGACCAAGAGUGAGAAAGUCCUUUCAUCUUUUACAGUAGCAAGGAUUAUUGGCUUUUUAGAUUAAUCUCCAUUGUAAACACACACACACACACACACACACACACACACAAGACAGGUUUCUGGCAAAGGUUUUUCUUUUUCAAUGGUUGCAAGCAGUGAAGUACCCUGUAGGUUGCAAGAUGGGUAGAUCCAUUUUGAUCAACUUAGAUUUCAUCUUUCCCAGAAAAUUACUGAUGGAGAGGUAUCCGUUCCAUCAGUUAAUAUCCACUUAAGUGACAAAGUGUUAACGUUCACCACUACUUCUCCUUUAAAAUCCAGAUCCCAAAACCCAAUUGGCAACCAUCGAAAGACUUCAUUUUAUAGCUAAGUACGGCCAGCACAGGCAUUUCGUUCGCUCCAAAGAAAGAAAAAAAAAAAAAAUGCCCCUCGCACAACUUUAUAAAUGGCUUUAAUCUUACCUUAUACCUGUUCAGUGGAAGCUGUUCUCUGACUUGCCUUUACCAGAUUAGGAAGUGCUUCACGGUGCCAUACAGCCUCCCACUGGUUUAACUAAACAGAAGAGAACCAGCCCAAAUCUCACAUAGGUAGGAGCUGCAAUCAGACCAUCUCGGUCCAUUUUAGCUCCCCGAUCCCCUACCUCCCAUUCCCCCAUCUAACUUUUUGUUGCCUCCAGGCAAUGGGGUUAGAAAGGUGUGAGGAUAGAUCACCAUGGGUAUUUUGGGUCCUUCACAUCCUGGGGUGUGUCGCCCCUGCCUUGGAGAAGGAACCCAUCCUGGGAUCGGGGGGCUGGUAUUAGUAUUGCUACCCAUCUUGCUGGUUCUCCCUUACAGAGGGAGGAAAACAAGCCAAAGCCAGAAAGCAAUCCAAGCCUUACAGUUGUCCAAUAGCUCAGGGCCAGCUGGUUAGAAAUUUCUCUCUUUCCCCCCGCCCCACCCCUUCAGCCCUUAAUCACUUAGAGUCAGCUCUACAACUGACAGCCUGACCAUCUGACCAGCGUUUCCACUGGUACAAAAUGUAAGCAUUCAUGCAUUCUCUAGUUAGGGACUCCAACUUCCACCUCAUCACCAACCUGUUUUCCUAACUUACCCUGCGUUCUUGUGUUGACAUUUCCCGGUGAAGCUAUAAGCAACAAGAAUAUAUUUUCAUAAGGUCAAGAGAAAUAUACAAUUUUAAGUGAAGAAGAAUCAUCUAUAAAAUAGUAAGAAGGAACCUAGAAGCAUCACAAAAGAUAAUUAAUAGAUGGCAUGUUGCCCAUGCUGACCGCCAUUGGGUCACGCUCUUUGGAGCUGAAACACAGCAGCUGUGUUUCAGUGAGUCAGAUUAGAGAAAGAAGCAUAACAAAAUGUGAAGACUUGAGGCCCCAAAGGGACCUCUGCCAUGAAACCCAGGAAAGGGCUUAGUUUGACUAGUUCAUACAGUUUCUAGCCCCUCCACUUGGCCUUGCCUGGGAAAGAACCACCCAUUAAUACUCCAAAGCAGGAUGAUUCCAGAGAAAUUUUAUCUUUAAAUAGAACCCAUCCUCAAUAAUAGUAGACCAAAAAGGGGAAAAAAAAUCUAUCACUCUAAGUCCCAACUAUUUGAAGGUAUUGCAAAAAUUCUCACUAGUCACCUUCUACAUCAUAGGAAUUUUUUUUUAAAAGUACCUCUGUAACAAGACCUAAAUAGAAGUAACCCCACUUUAGGCCAUGCUCUUUUCUCCCAAAACACACAACCUAAAGAUUUAUCUGUCAUAGAAGUGCAUGGUUGCAAAGCUUUAUUCCUGUAUGCAGAUGCUAUCUGUUCAUGACCGAAGCCAAAUGACUCUGUGGCCAUGUCUUCUGUGUCUAGCAGUUGAGAGAAUGAUGCGACCGCCCUAUUGCUGGGCUCUGGGGUUGCCCUUUUCGAAAUAACUUUCCUUUUAUUAUUGUUGUUGCUGCUUUCGUUGUUAGCAAAUGAACCAUUUGUUAUCAUACCCCCAAAUUACAAUCGUUUAAAUUUUAAGAAAAGAUGUUCCUAAAUGCACUUUUUUUUUUUUAAGGGCUAACUGUGCGUUUAUAUAACAACAAUCCAGUAUAAUGUAGAAAAUGAAGCACAAAUUUGGGACAAAAGAAUGUCAAUUUAAAAAUACCUGUAGAUAAGAAAAUUAUUAGCCAUGUGCAACAAUUAUAGAUUUAAAUAAUGACCAUGAUAUUUCACAGAUGAAAACUCAUAUUUUGCCUCCAAAAUGCCAUAGUUCAUUCCCUCAACUGCUAUCAAUAGGGUAGAUGCUUUGAUUUUUUUUUUCCAUUUUCCCCCCCAAGUUAUAGUGCUGUACUGCUUGUUUAUGUUUAGAAGUGUGCAUUAUGUAAGUCAUUUUUGUAUGCUACUUCUGUGUUGUUUAUUUUUUGGUUCUUUUAAUAAAAUGCAUAAAUUU